AUGUUACGUAUCGAUGUUGAUCUCCGUGAGCAUGUUGGCAGCGAUGAGCCUGAACAAUCUGAGCAAUCCAUUAUUAACAAUAAAAAGGCGAAUAAACCACUGAUGGAGAAGCGACGUCGGGCUCGAAUCAACAGAUGUCUACACGAGAUGAAGGAGAUGCUAGUGGAUGGCUUUCAAAAGGCAGCUUCACCUGGUCAGUCAAAAUGGGAGAAAGCUGACAUAUUAGAGAUGAGUGUUGCGUAUAUGAGGCAAAUGCAGAAGCACAGAAUAAAAUUACCACAUGGAAGAGCUGGAUAUAACAAUAAAGCUGAAUUAGAUGAUCGAAUCGCUGCUCAGCAAAAGUCAUCGCCAUCCAUUGUCGAGGGUUUCUCAGAAUGUGUUCGAGAAAUCCAACGAUUCAAUAGGGAUGUUAAACUGAUCACAUCGUCAGCCUCGACAGUGAUCGAUGAGUACAGCACAAAACUUGUUCAGCAUCUUACAAUUCAACUGCAUAAAUUGGCUAUGCAACAAAUGCAUCUCACCAAGUCUCAGAUUUCACCUGCAGAACUCGAUCAUUUCCCAGUUCAAGUAUCUUCAAAUUCCUCAUCGAAGGAUUCUCCUACGUAUUCUUCAUCGCAGUCCACGUCACCUAAUGGUGUUAAAAGACGACGAAAAAGCUCAUCAGAUCACGAUGACAGGCAGCAAGUACUCAUGCCUUUGUUCCCGUCAACAAAUUCACUCUCACAUCCUAUUCCGGAACGCACCAACCUUGACCAAGCAACAGCAUCAGUGACGAACACUUUCACUCACUUUGCGAAUCAGCGAGUUUUACCAAUGAAUAAUGCUGCCUUGCAAAGACAGCAAUAUCAGCAACACCUUCUGGGCCAGUUCUUGACAGACGCGAACGCUGUGAAUGUGAAACAGCAUCUUCAACAGCAAAUUUCACCACUAAUAUGGCCCACUUUAGCAACGGCUGAUCUGUUCAUGCCUUGCGGUGCAAAUCUGAAUGGCAUUGGUAACCCGUGGAUCAGUGGUCUGUGGCGACCAUUUUGA